AUGAGCAUUGUGGGAAACGGGAGGUGUCAUGGCGGCGGCGGCGCUUUGCCGCCCGUUCUCGAAGCUCCUGAGGUUGGCUGCAGCGACCUGGGGCGGCUCGUCGGCGUCCUCUCCUCCCAGGUGGGCAGCCGCCGGGCGGGAGGCGGGUGGAGGGAGACGCCCUGCGACCUCCGCUUUACCGUGUUCCUUUUAUUCCUUGAAUUUCCCGCGUGCCGAGUUCAAGCCAAACUACUUUUUCAAUGCUUAAUAUUUCAUUACGUUUUUUAUAUAUAAUAAUAUUAAUAAUAAUUUAUUAUUUAUACCCCGCCCAAGCUACUUUUUCAAUGCUUAAUGUUUCAUUACGUUUUUUAUAUAGAUAUUAUUAUUAUUAUUAUUAUUAAUACUUUAUUUAUACCCCGCCCAUCUGGCUGAGUUUCCCCAGCCACUCUGGGCGGCUCCCAAUCAAGUGUUAAAAACAAUACAGCGUUAAAUAUUAAAAACUUCCCUAAACAGGGCUGCCUUCAGAUGUCUUUUAAAGAGAAGAUAGCCGCUUAUUUCCUUCGCAUCUGAAGGGAGGGCGCUCCACAGGGCGGGCGCCACUACUGAGAAGACCCUCUGUCUGGUUCCCUGGAACAUGGCUUCUCGCAAUGAGGGAACCGCCAGAAGGCCCUCGGUGCUGGACCUCAGUGUCCGGGCUGAACGAUAGGAGGGGGAGAUGCUCCUUCAGGUAUACAGGACUGAGGCCGCUUAGGGCUUUAUGUUGGAAGCCGCCCAGAGUGGCUGGGGAAAUCCAGUCACAGGAGCAGGGUACAAUUAAUAAAAUUAUUAUUGUGUUAUUAUUACUAUCUGUUGAUGGAUGGCCAUCCUGACUCGGCCCCAGACACACAGCUUGGAAGCUGUGGCUGGAUGGUUACGUGGGAGCCGGUUGAAGUUAAAUCCUUCGAACAGAGAGGUCCUUUGGCUGGGUCGGGACAAUAUGGGAUUAGGGGGGCAAAUCCCAUCUCUUGCAGGGGCGCAAUUAGUGGCAGCACCGUCUGUUAAGAGUUUGGGUAUAAUCUUUGACACCUCCCUUUCAGUGGAGGCGCAGAUUGCAGCUAUAACAAAGGCGGCAUUUUUUCAUCUCCACCAAGCUAAGCAGUUGGCUCCUUACCUCUCUCGCCCUGACCUAGCCACUGUGAUCCACGCGAUGGUCAUCUCCAGACUAUUGUAUUAUUGUAACUCGCUCUACGUGGGGCUGCCCUUGAGACUGACCCAGAAACUCCAGCGGGUGCAGAAUGCUGCGGUGAGACUCCUCACGGGGUCCUCACUUCGGGAUCACAUUCACCCAGUGCUAUACCAGCUGCACUGGCUCCCGGUGGAGUACAGAAUCAGGUUUAAGGUGCUGGUUUUAACCUUUAAAGCCCUGUACGGCCUAGGACCUUCGUAUCGACGGGACCGCCUCUCCUGGUAUGACCCACGGAGGACCUUACGGUCUUCAAACAAAAACAUCUUGGAGGUCCCGGGCCACAGAGAGGUUAGGCUGGCUUCAACCAGAGCCAGGGCUUUUUCGGCUGUGGCUCCAAUCUGGUGGAACGCUCUGUCACAAGAAACUAGGGCCUGCGGGACUUGACAUCUUUCCGCAGGGCCUGCAAGACAGAGCUGUUCCACCAGGCCUUUGGCCAAGGCACAGCCUGACCCCCUCCUUUGGUAAUUCUUCACAGAACUUUAGCCCAAUGGUUACCAUCAAUUUGAUUUGAACUGAUUUUAUAAUGAAUUGAUUUUAGAAUGCUGUAUUAUUUUACUGUUGUUAGCCGCUCUGAGCCCAGCUUCAGCUGAGGAGGGCGGGAUAUAAAUAAAGUAUUAUUAUUGUCGCCAUUUAAGGAAUCCGUGAGGGAGAACGUUGGUUAACUGUUUUUGUAUUUUUAACUCCCCCUUUCUCCAACUUGGCGAUCCAAGUACUGACCAUUCUGAUCUCACAGGGUGGCAAUAGGGAAACCAGUAGGCUCACCAGUCUACCACAUUCAAUGAGGUAGGUGAAUCAUAGGGUUGCAGAGUUGGAAGGGACCCCGAACGUCAUUCCUGUAAUGCAGGAAUCUCAGCUCAAGCAUCCGCGGCGGACAGCCAGGCGACUUCUGCUUUAAAUACCGCCAAGGGAGGAGAGUCCACCACUUUCCAAAGGAGACCGUUCCAACCGUCCAACAGCUCUUACUGUCAGAAAGUUCUUCCUGACGUUGAGUUGCAAUCUUCAAAGCCGUCUUCAAAUAUCUCAAAGUUCUGUCCCCAUGGAAGGAUGGAACUGGCUUGUUUUCUCCUGCUCUGGAGGGUAGAAGAAGAAGAAGAGUUUGGGUUUGAUAUCCCGCUUUAUCACUACCCGAAGGAGUCUCAAAGCGGCUAACAUUCUCCUUUCCCUUCCUCCCCCACAACAAUCACUCUCUGAGGUGAGUGGGGCUGAGAGACUUCAGAGAAGUGUGACUGGCCCAAGGUCACCCAGCAGCUGCAUGUGGAGGAGCAGGGACGUGAACCCGGUUCCCCAGAUUACGAGUGUACUGCUCUUAACCACCACACCACACUGGCUCAAACCAAUGGCUUCUACGUUGCAAGAAAGGAGAUUCCAACUAAACAUCAUUGCAGGGGGUUGGGGUCGCUUCCAACUCCACAGUUCUAUGAUGUUAUGUUAUCAAAGUCCAACUGUGUUCAGGGAGUUUGAUUUGAUUUGUACGCAAUAAAUUGCAGCCUUCUCUGGGGGUAGGUGGAAAUGGGCUUCUAUAGUAUAGCUGUUAUGUAGACUAGCUUGCUAGAGGGGUCACCCACCAUACAGUGUCCAGAUCUGAAAUCUCUUGAGUGUCUAAAGAAAUAUCUAGGUUUCCUCAAAAAGUGAUUUUAGUUCAGAUACUCGGUUUUUAAAAACCACUUAAACACUUCGAACAUUUGCUUUAAACUAGGUAAAUUUGUUUAUAUGAAAUUGUAGAAUAGGAGGGUCCUUGAAAAGUCAUCUAGUCAGUCUCCUGCUGAUGCAGAAUAUUCACUGCUACAGCAUCCCUGAUAGGUUUUGUGUGUGUGUGCCUAUAUCAUUUUGUUGUUUUUUUAAAUAAAUCCUGGUUUUUUGUCCUUCAGAUUCAUCCUUAACAAUCUGCACAAGAAUGCCGCAAAAGUAGAAACAGUCUCUCCCUGUAUGUUGCUUCAUACCUCCUUGCCUCGGAAUGGGCUGGAGGAAUUUUUUGAUGACCCCAAAAACUGGGGAAAGACAGAAGUCAAAUCUGGUAAGAUACUCAGAAUCUGUUUAUCUUGACUCCCCUUCUGGCCUCCCACUUUGUGGGUAUGUAAGCUAGGUGGGAUUGUAAAAGUUCAAUAGCAGCACAUUCUGUGCUGGUGUAUAUCUUCAUGUGUCUGUAAAAUCACUGUUCAGGUGUACACUGUUAUUCAGAAUAUGUCACCUGAAGAUAUCAUUAUGUCCAAUAAUAUGUUAGCAUUAUUUAUAUUUAAUUCUGUUCGUUUAAAAAUAUUUGAUUGUACAUGAUAAUGAUUAUAUAUAAUAAUGUUGAGGAAACUUUUGUAUCACCUUUUCUAACUUUCAUUUUUUGGUGAAGCUUUCAUGGGUGCAAAGCAGAUUUCAGUCUGGUUGGGUCCUUAGAACAGUUCUCCAUAUAGAUUUGAGCAGUCACUGUCUCCCUGCCAAAACACUGAUGCGCUUUGUGGAUUCCACAGGGGAUUCUUGGACAGUAGAACAGCUCCGAGGCAAGAGCAGUGAGGAUUUGCACAAACUUUGGUGAGUAUAUUUCAGUGUAUCUAAUGGCUUGUGUUUCUUUAAAGUUACUGUACUCGUUUCAUCCUUGUGCACAGUAUUUCAAGAACUGCUUGGUCAUGAUUUCAGAAUCCAGGAAUAUCCUCCUCAGUCCAGUUAAAAUCAACACUGGGGAAAAUCUCAGUGUUAACCCAUUAAUAUUAUUGACUCAGAUUGCUUCCAAAACUCAUAAGCUUGCUGACAUUCCCACCACAUGUGUAAUAUAGUUGUGCAUUUACAGCCAGACACUUCAACACUGAACAUUUGUUUCCAUAAACAUUCUGUUCAACCUGGCAGGAGUUAAAUAUUGGUGCAGUAAAAGCUUGUACUGUAUUUCCCUUAUUGAUAAACUUAGUGCAGAUUUUUUACUGUAUGCCAAAUCUUAAAUCAUCUCAAUUCUGGCAUAGUAAAUCCCACUUCUUUAUCUCACCUUAUCCUGAAGACAGACUCCUUUUUACUUAGGUCAAUCAAUAAUUUGUAGGAUUUUGCCAAGAGGCCUUUUGAUUUAUUAGCUGCCAUUGUGAUUUCUCAUGUUGUCAUCUUCCUUACCAUAUACUCGACAAAAGAUUCCUUAAUUGAAAAUUCUGAAAGCAUGGAGUACCUAGCCUCCUGUUUUUUAAGCUAUCUCAUUCCAUGUUAGCAAACUUUCAUCUGUUAAAUCCCUAAAUUUGUGUAUACCCUUCCCCCAAUUUACAAACUCUGAUGGCUGAUUUCUCGUUAAAAACAUUGAGUGACUUUAAGAUGAAUGCUAAGGAGGGAAACUUCUGGGCCUGAUUUCAUCCUAUAAUUAUUCCAAGUUUUCACCAUUUGUCUUAGAAGUAAAGUUCAUUUUAACUUGUCUUUUUCCUCUGCUAGUUGUGACACCCACUGUCCCUAUAUCAUUAUAAUUUAGCCAAGAAGCUGUAGACAGAGGUGGCUGGACAAAAUUUCACACAUUUCAGAAAGCUCUAUUGAAUUGCAUGUGGACAGCCAUUUUGAGAGCUUUUGCUUCCACUUUAGUUUAAACGUAAUUUCUCAUAUGACCCAGAACCAACAAACUCUGGUUACCGUUAACUAUAGUUAUUUUCAAACAUGCCCAUUUCAAAUCACAGUUUAAGCAAACCACAGUUAAGAUUAACCACAGUUCUGGGUCCAGCCAACAUGGUAAGCAAUAGUUAAUCAAAAGCAGAAGCAAAAAUGUUCAAACUUCACCUCCAGCUACAUGGGAGGUGGAAGAAUUUCAGCCCCAGCUUCUCAUUGCUUAUUGACAUAACACUAAACUAUGGUUAGGAUGACCUGUGUGUAGGGCAAACGAGUCCCAGUUAACAAUCUGUUAGUACUUACCAAUAUGUUCUUUGACUUAGGUACGUCCUGCUUAAAGAGCGAAACAUGCUUUUAACGUUGGAGCAAGAAGCAAAACGGCAGAGGCUGCCAAUGCCAAGCCCAGAGCGAUUAGAUAAGGUAACAUGAUGCCGAGGUCACUGCUAGUGUUCAAAACUCCAGUUGUCCUGGGCGCAUUUUGCGACAGGGAAUUUCAUUAGCGCAAGCAGUUUCUGAGAUCUGGGUGCAGUACUGCGGCUAAGAUUUCCGAUUAAAACUACGAAGUGGAAGGAAAGAAGGACCUUUUUCUGCCUCCCCACUUCCAGCUACUCUCUGAAGACUGGAGAAGAGACCCUCUUAAGAAUAUUAGGGGGGUGGGUAGGGAAAGGACUAGACCAUGUGAAAAAUGAACAUCAUAUUUCAGCUGCAGUUCAUUCAUUUUCAGCUUUGUAUACUUGUUAUAAAAAAGUGUUCCUAGACAUUCUGUUGCUGCACCCAUAACCUAGGUUUAAGGUGCCAUUUAGCUCCUAGCUUUCAUAUCUCAGUUUCUAACCUGGACAUGGGCAACCCUAUUUUCUUUGUAAAGGAGGCAGCAUUUGCAGUUCUUCCAAAGACUGUUUACAACUUUUACCUACAUUUAUGUAGGAGUCAGAUAAGAUGAAGCAAGUCUUUAAACUUUCCCUAAUUCUAUUAGGCUCCUUAAACUCUUGAUUUGCCCUCACUCUCCUUGUAUUUUGUCACCAACCCUGGCUGCGUGAGCCCUGGCAGCAAGGGAAUGGGUGCAGGAUUCUGAAGCAGUUUCCAGUCGAAUUUUUUUCUGGUGCCAGCAGACAUGGUAAAAUGAAAUAAGUCUGUAAGUAAGGGAUACGAGUCACAGAAAGCCUGGUUGUAGUUUCUGGUGAAGAAGUUCCACCCAACAGCAGUGCUGCCCAGUGACAGUGUAAUUAUGGUUCAGGUUGUUAGAGCACAAUCCAUUGGCAUGUUCUUGGCACAGACUCCAAGGAAAGGGAUUUCUAUAUAUUUCAUAGUUCUCAUUCCAAUGGGCCUUUCAAAAACAGAUUUCCCAGCAAAGUGUGGUUUAGUUUGUAGGGACAAUCAAAACCUGUUACAGUGGUACCUCAGGCUACAUACGCUUCAGGUUACAGACUCUGCUAACCCAGAAAUAGUGCUUCAGGUUAAGAACUUUGCUUCAGGAUGAGAACAGAAAUCGUGCUCUGGUGGCGCGGCGGCAGCGGGAGCCCCCAUUAGCUAAAGUGGUGUUUCAGGUUAAGGACAGUUUCAGGUUAAGAACGGACCUCCAGAACGAAUUAUGUACUUAACCUGAGGUACCACUGUAUAAGACUGCUAAGCCCAUGCACAUUCUACAACAGAAUGCCUUCCAUGUUUUGGACUACAACUCCCAUCAGCCGUGACAGCUGUGCUGACUGGGGUUGAUGGGAGAUGUAGGCCAAAACAUCAGGAGAGCACCAACUUGGGAAAAGCUAGUGCCUGGAGUUCUCCUGGGCUCAGGCUCUUUCACGUGGAUUGGUGGCUUUGGAGCUGAAACACUCUUUUUGUGGUCUUCAGGUGAAAGAUUCCAUGGACAGAAUGGAUCUUGUCAUCCAGGAAAGGGAAGACGCUUUGCGGCUCUUACAAACCGGCCAGGAGAAAGAGAGACCAGGCGAAUGGAGACAUGACUUCUUGGGCCGCGUAUUUUGGUACAAGAAAGAAUUAUUGGUGUUUAUUGAGCAGCAUUUGUGUGGUGGGGAAAGCAAAUACCAAGCGUGGCUCCGUGUAGAGCAGACACUUUGUACAACAUUCCACCUUCAAUCCUUGGCCUCUCCAUCUUUUGAGCUAGCAGAGUUAGGAAAGACUUCUACCCGAGACCUCAGGGAACCACUGCCAGUCCGAAUAGACAGUACCACUGGGACAUGCAAGGAAACACUAAACAAUGUGGAAUGCUCCUUUUCAGUGUCAGUCACCCGACAAUUUUUUUCUAAUCCCUCUGCCAGCAGAUUUUUAAAUACUUUUUCCUAACAUCCAAUUAGCAUUCAGUGGCCGGUGAGCAUGCUUAAUCCUCACUGUGUUUUGGGUUGGGGAGGGGAGGCUUGUUUCCUUCCCUUUAGUUUUCCUUUUCCCCCUAAAGGGUUUUUUUUUUUUGUUUUUGUUUUUUUUUGUUUUGGUACAGUGGUGCCCCGCAAGACGAAUGCCUCGCAAGACGGAAAACCCACUAGACGAAAGGGUUUUCCGUUUUUGAGUUGCUUCGCAGGCCGAAUUUCCCUAUGGGCUUGCUUUGCAAGACGAAAAUGUCUUGCGAGUCUUGAGAUUUUUUUUCCGCUCCCCCCCCCCUUUUUCUAAGCCGCUAAGCCGCUAAUAGCCUUUUAGCAGCUAAGCCGAUAAGCCUUUAAUAGCCGCUAAACCGCUAAUAGCGCUAAGCCGCUAAUAGGGUUGCUUCGCAAGACGAAAAAACCGCUAGACGAAGACACUCGCGGAACGGAUUAAUUUCGUCUUGCGAGGCACCACUGUACUUCUAUAAGCCUGGUACUUGGGAGCGACUCAAGACAUUUUGCUGCCUGAGGCCAAGGACAAGAGAGAUGGUGCCCCAGAUCCCAUGAGCAGAUGCCAACUGGAUUGCCAGUUGGAUCGUACCUCCACACUGGGGCAGCAUCCUUCAUCACACCUGAGGGCAGCAGGCUAGCUUUUAAGGGCAUACUUCAUAGGAUACCCAGUAAUUGCCCGACUCUGCCUAAUGGUAGGGCCAGCCCUGCUCAUGCUGCUGCCUUGUGUGUAGUUACUGCCUCUCUGACCACAUAAGAAUCCACACCAAGAAAUAAAAGGGUAUGAGGACUGGGCUGAAUGGACCAAUGAUGUGAUGCAGUGCAAGGCAGUUUCAUAUAUUCAAGCGAAACAUAUUGUGGAAAGAACUCUCCGUUUAAGUUAAGAGCGAACAAAAAAAAAGUCUCUUCUACCAUUUGACGUUCUUAGCUUUCUAGCACAUUUUCUCUGUAAGCUAUUCAGAGCAGGAGGGAACUUUGAAUGUAUGGGGUGGAGUCUUCCAUUAUGUGCUUUGCAAGCAGGUCAGGGCUGCCUUUCAUGUACAGCCAGUUCAGUUUCUAAAGGGCAGUGGAGGCUUGGGAAGACUGGUUAUCACUUUGCCUUUCCUUAGUGAAAGUGGUGGCAAGGAGGGGUGAGUGCUGCUACUGCCCUAAAAUAAUUAACCUACCAUUCUGCCUUUAUCAUCUGAAACCACCAAAUAAUUUGCUUAGAUAAGAACUGAUCAGGGCAGAUCAGCUACUGAUGGUGAACUAGGGACUGAUGCUUGUGUUUGUGCUUUGAUGUGUUUUAGCUAAAAAUAGGCUCUAAAAUGUUGUGUAAUGUAUCCUGAGAUUUUGGGGUGGGAAGAGGCAGCUAGACAUAAUUAUGAGCUUUUCAAAAGAAUCUCAUCUCACACAUUCCCCUCGUCUGUCAUUGGCAGGUACACUUUUAGGGAAUGGCCAAUCCCUUGGUACCUAAACGCAAAGCAUAACAGAAAGCGGUUCUACUAUUUGCCAAAUGUCAAUCGUUUUAACAGGUAAGACCAGCAGCCUUUAAAACCAGACCCUUUUAUAUGUCCUCUUACCAUUUGUCCUGCUUUGCUGAUUGUCUAGGAGAGCUACGAGAUCGCCUUGCGCUACAUGUGCCUGCUCGACCACUUCAAUCGGCAGAAUUGGCACCACUGCAGGUGUCACAGAGGUGUCUGCGUUUGUAAGAACAUGUUUAGUGUGGCAGUGGCUAUACUUUGGAACUGUUGAGCUCAAGCAGACACCUUCACUGUACUCUCUUGGGCACCUGCUAAAAACAUUGUUGUAUACACAUUGUUGUAUAUAAUUGUAAAUAAAACAAACAACUUAUACGCUAACUUGCACUGGUUGGUUUUCUCCUGCAGACUCCGACUUGAACAAUAUUUGCGCAAUGAAUCAAGGAAGAGGAAUAUGCAGAAGCAGAGAGAGAUGCGUUUAAAGGAACAAUUCCCUCAUCUUGGUGCUCAGUCUCAAAGUUAACGUGAAGUUGGCAGUGUUUGAUGGAAUUGUGGCACAAACAUUCCUCCUUCUGAACUGCUUGUAAAUGGACAAAGAGUAAGGCAAAACAUACCAUGUGAUGUAAAACAAGUUCAUUUUCGCCCCUACCAAAAUAAAGUUGUUUCAUCUUUCUUGUAAAAUA